AUGGACACACGAUCAGAAACCAGAGGCCCCAACCGGGAAACACCACGGGACUCGUCGCCGUCAACUGUCUUCGAUGGCGAUGAACAACGGCCCGUCGAUGUUGAAAAGACGCUGCCGACCACAGCGACCGCUGACACCAAUGCGCCGCCCGAUGGUGGGCUGGCGGCGUGGACGGUAGUGCUCGGGGGCUUUUGUACCGUCUUUGCAAGCUUUGGCUGGAUCAACUGUAUCGGAAUUUUCCAAGAUUACUACCAACACCAUCAACUGGCUUCAUAUUCACCCAGCACUGUGGCUUGGAUCACAUCGACCGAAUCAUUUAUGAUGUUUUUCUGGGGCCCUGUCGUUGGCAAAAUGACGGAUGAUCUCGGCCCUCGCAUUCCUGUACUGAUUGGAUCAUUUUUACAUGUUUUCGGCCUCAUGAUGACAUCUCUGUCGAAAGAGUAUUACCAAAUAUUCCUCGCCCAGAGUAUUUGCAGUGCUAUGGGCUGCUCUUUUCUUUUCUAUGCCCCUAUCGCCGCCCUGGGGACGUGGUUCCGUCGGCAUCGGGCUUUCGCGUUCGGUAUUGUAACAGCCGGGUCCAGUCUUGGGGGUGUCGUUCUUCCUAUAAUGGUCAAUCAUCUGGUUGUGUCAGCCGGCUUCGCCUGGGCUAUGCGAUCUACGGCAUUUCUUUUUCUCGCACUCUUAAUCAUCGGAAAUCUCACGGUCAAGUCUCGACUACCUCCACCAAAGCGGCCGUUCAAGUUCAAGGCUUUCAUUGUUCCAUUUUAUGAGCGUCCUUUUCUGCUUCUCACCAUCGGAACAUUUAUGGUUUAUAUCGGUGCCUUUUUGCCGUUCAAUUUCAUUAUUGUGCAGGCAAAGGCAACAGGAAUGUCCGCAGGUUUGGCCGGCUACAUGGUGUCCAUCAUCAACGCUUCAUCGACUUUUGGGCGUAUCAUCCCUGCGUAUGUCGGCGAUCGCGUCGGCGUGUUGAAUGUCAUGCUUCUUUUCACGCUCCUAGGCGGCAUCUUUACUUUGGCCAUUUGGCUGCCGGCCCAUUCAAAUGCGCCUUUAAUCGUCUAUGGUGUUCUCUACGGUUUCUCAUCUGGCUGUACCCUAUCUAUUAUUCCGGCCAUUGUCGCAUCCAUCUCCGAUAUGCGAGAUCUCGGAACACGAAAUGGAUCGCUCUACGUUUUCGCCGCCAUUGCCACUCUCGUCGGAAAUCCUAUCGGCGGUGCAAUCGUCAGCAGACAAAACGGCAGUUUUUCCGGCUUGAUUAUCUUUUCGGGUGUCACAGCACUUCUCGGAGCUGUCAUUGUGGUGCUUGCGAGGCAUUCUUUAGUUGGCCCAGGGUUGUGGAAGAAAGUCUAA